AUGGCAGAAAAUAGGGAAGAAAUUCUUGCAAAUUUUCAAGGAAUAACAGCCAUAGAGGAUGUUGCUGAAGCAAUUUAUCACCUGGACGAAUCAAAUUGGGACUUGCUUACAGCCAUCAACCGAGUGAUGCCGCAGGACGGCAGCAACUCGGUGUCACGCAGCAACGACACACAUGAUGUUGACAUGAUAGAUGAUGAUAUAUCUGUGAUAACUCCAAAAACACACCCACCAGAUCGGGAAGACAGCAAUCAAGCGUCGACCUCAUCGCCUAGAAAUAGUGCCACUGAUUUAAUAGAGUUCCAAGUACAUUACAACAAUAAGAUGCAUGAUGUCAAAAUGUCUCCAGUGGCUACAGUUGGUGACUUAAAGAAACGGUUAGAGUCUGUAUGCGGGGUGCCCGUGUGCAGACAGCAAAUAUCCGGUUUGGGCGGGUCCAAGGCUACAUCGGGAGCCCUGUUGGGACACCUGGCCUUACCACGCAACGCCGUGCUGCGACUGAAGGCGGCCGACCAGCUGAUGGCCGAUGACGAGGUUGCGGAGAGACUGACCAACACAUACGUUCUUCACGUGAAACACGACGACAAAGACUACACGCUCAAAUACCCCGGAACUAAGACGGUACAGGAGGUCAAGAAUGACAUAUACUCGCUCACCGACAUACCAGUACGACAUCAGGCGUGGACGGGCUGGCCUACGGUAAUGGGUUUGGACGACACAGUACUGGCCAUGGUGGGGCUCGACCAUCCUCAGCACGAGCUCAGCGUCAAACGAGCGCCGCACGCCAAGCAGAAGGAGUACAAACGAAUUAUAGUGGAAAGUUCUGACAGCGACAACAGCUCAGUGGAAGAGGUCGAGGAAUCUGGGGACGGCUUCACUGCGGAGGACGACAUGUUCGUAGACUUAGUGCCAUCGGAGAGAUUACAGCCGCUGAUGUCAGAGCACGUUGAAGAUGAAGCGCUAGGUUGCAUCGAGUUCGCCCAACGAUUCAAGACACGCUACGGCCCCAACACGCCCAACUUCUUCGAGGGUACCUUACAGGACGCCAUCAAGGAGGCCUGCCUCAAACCUGCCAAAGAAAGAAAACUCCUCGGCCUAUACCUUCAUCACGAGCAGUCUGUGCUAUCGAACGUGUUCUGCGCCCAACUUCUGGGCUGUGAAGCUGUCCUCCAGACGCUCGCGACCAACUUCGUAGUGUACGGAUGGGAUCUCACACAUCCCGACAACAAUCUAAUGUUAUUAAACUCAGUAUCGAACGCGCUGGGCGCCGUGGCUAGUAUGACGAUCCGCAGCAUCCCUGUGGACCGGCUGCCUGCACUCGUGAUCAUAAUGAGAGUGCGCUCCAACACAGAGAUAUACUCCGUCAUUAAUGGCAACGUGGGUGUAUCAGAACUAGUCGGUGGUCUGAUGGAAGCUUUAGAACGGUUCGCGUCGCAGAGAGACGAGGACGCGCGAUUAGAGAGGGAGAGAGAUGCGAGACAAAUGGUUAAGCGCGAGCAGGACGAAGCAUACCAACAGAGUCUCGAAGCUGAUAGAGCUAAAGAAGAAAUAAAGAAGCAGCAAGAACUAGAACGGAAUCAAGAAUUGGAAAGAGCAGAAUCGGAAAGGUUGAUGGAAGCAGCUAAGCAAGAGGCAAUGCGUUCAGCGGCCGCGAGCAGAGUUCCGGCUGAACCUGCGGAAGGUUGCACUGACGUCUGCCGCAUCCGCGUGCGUCUGCCGCCCCCCCACGCCGCCUGCCUCGAGCGCCGCUUCCACCCCCACCACCCGCUCACAGCAUUACUGGACUUCCUGGCUUCACAAGGUUACCCAAAAGAAAACUACAAAGUUAUAUCUAGCUGGCCUAGGAGAGACUUAACAGCGGAAUCUCACAGCAGCACACUGAAAGCGUUGAACUUGUGCCCGCAAGAGACCGUCAUGCUCGAGGAGCGGUGA